GAGACGGCAUUCCCUACGCGGCGCAGCGCACCAUCCUCAAGCCCUUCACCCAGGCGGACCCCAGCACGACACGCACGCACGGCGGCACGGGAAUCGGUCUCUCCAUCAGCCGCCACCUCGUGGACCUCAUGGGCGGCCGCCUCUCCUUCUCCUCGCGCCCUGGCCUCGGCAGCACCUUCUAUUUUGACCUCCUGCUGCCCUGCGACCAGCCUCAGCCCGAGCCUGUGCCGCAUCUGCAACCGGACCUGGUUUCCGCUUUGGGAAGGUCCGUCCUUUCUUCUUUUGGUUUGGAAGACAGGGACGGAGUGGCAAGCCAGAGCGAGAUCAGAGCAGCUCUGGUUCGGGCCAGGCUGGGCGCGAUCCUGCUGGACGACCGGCCGGUGAGGCUCGGCGUGCUGGAGAGCCUGCUGAACAGGCUCGGCGUGCCGGUGCUCAACUCUACGUUUGGCACCGACUCUCCUGCUGCUGCUGCUGGCGGCACGGAUGAGAGUUCUGCUGCUGCUGGUGUUGGCAGCGCUGAUACUGCAGCAGCUUUUGGUGGGGAGCAGGGGGAGGCAGGGGGAAAGCGAUUCAGUUUCGAUGUUGUGAGGCGUGCCAUUGCGGACGAAAAGCCGAGGAGAAGCAACAGCGGGGAUGGGACGGGAAGCAGGGGGGUGGCACCGGCUGGCCGACAGAACCCCUGGAGUCAAACCAGUCAACACAGUCAACACAGUCCACUGAGCCCGCGUACUGCAUCACCAGCAGCAAGGGUGAGGGUGGCACCGGCUGGCAGACAAAACCCCUGGAGUCAACUCAGUCAACAGAGUCAACUGAGUCCCCGCACUCCAUCACCAGCAGCGCCAGGAGCAGUGGCAGCGACGGCGGGGGUGGCAACAGCAGCAGCGGCAGCAGCAGCAGCGGCAGCAGCGGCAGCAGCAGCAGCAGGCACUCCCUCCCCCGUGGCGGUGCGCAGGGCGAGCAGCAGCAGUGCGCAGCAGCUGACACAGGCUUUAAGUGGGCGGCGCGUGCUGGUGGUGGACGACAAUAUGGUCAACCGCAAGGUGAUAGGGCGCAUGCUGCAGCGGUAUGGUGUGCGGGUGGAGGAGGUGGAUGGGGGCGCCAAGGCAGUGAAGCGAGUGCAGGACAUGCGCGACGGUGCUGCCUCCCCGCUUGACUGCGUCUUCAUGGACAUUCAGAUGCCGGGAAUGGAUGGCUAUGAAGCAGUCUCCUGCAUUCGCAGCAUGGAGCAGGAAACCCCACUAAACACAGCAGCAGCCCCGUCCUCCUCUUCAACCUCACCUGCAAACCCAUCACCCUCCACAUCAGAAAUACCGAGAAGCCCAUCAGAUACCAAAACCCCACCAGCCACCAGAAACCCGUCAGCAUCAACUUCCCCACGAAGCACACCAGCAGAGGCAGCAGCAGAAGCACCAGUGGCAGGUGCAGCGAGGGCAGGGAAGGGGCGGCUGCUGGUGAUAGCGCUGACUGCGGAUGUGGGUGCAGGUACGAAGGAGCGGUGUGUGAAGGCAGUCAUGGAUGGGUAUAUGACAAAACCCAUUGAGGAGCAGCAGCUGUCGCGCGUGGUGCUCCCGUUCUUUGCUGCCAUGUCGGGUAACUUUGAGUCGACUCAAUAG